AUGAUUAUGGUAGCGCGCGGAGGAAUCCCCCUCGUGGGCCGUACACACGCCGAAAAACUCGGCAACCUGACUUUGAAGACCGACAAAAACGUCAAGAACUCGCCUGUGUUCAGCUUGGGCUCAGUCAUCGCGUCCAGAUAUUUCAUUAACAUGAAAAGGACCGUGCAGAGACAGUACAGGACCUUCCGAGCGGAUCGAGACUACAAAAUGGAGCGCCUUUUGGACUCCGCGAACAACAUCGUCGGAAACGAUCACCAAGAUAUGGCAAUCUUGCUAGGCGAUACCUUCAAGAAGACUUGGAAGCUGGAGGUUUAUAUUACCGACCCGGGUGUAGUUGAUGGAAUCUAG